AUGCUCGAAUGCAUUGCAAUCUUAGCGACGCGCAGUCAUCGCUAUGUCUACGGACGCUGGCGUCUUUCUUCGUUUGCGACGGAGGAUGUGUAGGUCACCAGAUGCGCACAACACAAACUUUAAUCAGUUCGACUUUGUAUGAACAAAGAUUGUUCUAAGGGCAUAUAAAAAGGAGUCAAACUAAUACGGCAUCUAGUUUCGACAACCGCAUUGGUCCAUCAGCUUACAGCCCGAAUGUUAAUAAGAAGUCAGGAACGUAGUUCAAAUUAGGUCGUGCGCUCACCGCUGACUGUGAGGCCAUGGCAAUUAAGGUCGAAGUGCCGUACAUUAAGGAUUGAAGGUACUGGUAUGAAUAACGACGGCCGGAAAAAUCACCUUUUGUCACUGGAUGUCAUACUACGGUGGCAGCAACCAAUCACUGACAGAAAGCGAGACAAAGCGAUACUACAUGCCCACAGUACGAGAAAGUACAAAGCCAAACUGUAACUAUCUCUCGUAAUCUGGAAAUUUCAAAAAAAGCUCUAGAAUUUAAUGCAGUACUUCAAAACUGAAGUUAGUGCUACCGAAACAUCCACCAGCGACGGGAACGCUGCUGUGGACUCAAACCUCACAACCAACAUCGAAGUCAGCGGCGUACAGCAUGUGCACGAGAUAUAAUUAUGUUGAUAGAAGCGAGGAGGCGAGUUCGCAGACACAAUCAUCUCAGUUAGACAGGCAACCGUCUGAUAGCAUUCACCUUUUCCUGAAUGUUGUUCAAAGUCCAGAUCAGGAGGCACGGGGUUAGGCCAAGGUUAGCUGAGGACAGCAAACAGACCAAAAAAGGUCUGGUGAGCACACUUCUUUUUAUGAUCGACUAUUUUUUUCCUAGCAUACAAGCGUCCACAACAGUACGGAUCCGGUUUCCAGAGCGAACAAGCACGAGCAUACUGCGUCUUGAACUUCGAAUGACCGGACUUGGAAGAAUCAACGAAAGCUCGUUUACGCAUUCCCAUAAAGAAAAACCGGCUGGACAUUCGUUCAGAUGCGCAUUGACGUAAGAUCCUAUAAAGUUUACUGCAUACACGUGUCCGCAGUUGCCUGCAUCUUCCGACACCUCGUGCUGGCGUUGAUGCUACCUGCUGACUCUUCCAGUAGUAACUGACCUUCCGGCCAUCUCGGCCCACACUUACGUGAGCGCAUUUCCAGCCCGAUAUCCAGUCAGUUCAGCCUCCCCGGGUGGUGGGCUUGGAAGGGGAUGCCGUAAAAGUAACGAUUAGCAUCAUACUUGGACAUAAAAAGAGGAGGGACCACACAUCAAUAAGUUUACUACGCUUCAGUAGACGGGGAGUGAAUCUGGUGCACACGGGCGCAAAGUACUACGGUGAGGAGACGUGGGCGAAAUGUCCGUCGAUCUACUCCGGGGUGUAAAAUUUCCUGCAGACCUUGAAAAACGCAGUAGGCGGAAGGUGCAAGUGGCAGGCAAAAGCAGCCGAUCUCUAGCUCUGAACGGCUCAAAUUUACAAGAAAGACCGCUAAAAUAAAAGCUAAACGAGCUACGCUGAGGGUCGUGGAUACCAUGAUUAGAAGUCAAAAGGCAAAUAAUACAAAGCCACAUUGAGGCCCAAGGUCAACUGCUCACCGUGAUAGCAGCAGGUGGGAAGAAAGUAUGCACAUGAGGCUGGACGUUGAAAGAAAAAAAAGAUACACAAGGCGGACCCAGCAAAAUCUGACAACUGGUAAAAAAGGAAACAGUUAGAAAAUCAACUCGCCUGCAGGUUUUUCGGGGAACUGCCAUCGUUGACGUCCAGAAAUGACCGCGUUUUGUGCUUGCGGAUGGAGCGAACCCAGGCUAUUAUCUGCGCCUCCUGAGCCUCCGACGGCGCCUCAUUCGAGACGCUGGACUGGCCGUUACUAAAGUGUCCGGUCCUCAUGCAGGAUGGAAGGAGACGCCUGGAAAUGCCGCGUCCCAGCAGGGGAGCGAUAGCCCUAUAAAGGGCCAUUUCAAGGUCUAAAACAAAAGAGGAGGAAGAACAGAUGUCCAGGAGGAUCUCACGGGAAAAUUUGAUGGUAUUUUAAGAAUAUUCUCCCAAAGAAAACAGCAGAAGGAGCGCGAUGCUGUUUUCGCACUCAUAGAGUGCAAAUGGGCAAAGUAAAGCUAAAAUGUCGACUGCAACGGAAGAUGUCCUAAAAGCAACUUCAAGGAAAAUCAAUAAAUAUAAAUUGCAACCGAGAUAAAGGUAACAAGACUACCAACUAGGAGACGGUAAUUAACGGUUGCCUUUCAUGGUUUAAAUAGAAAAUAUUAGAGAACCAAUGCACCAACAGUUCCGGUACUUCCUGCCUUUCAGCAUAUUUGGCUGAGGGGUCCUGGAUGGAAGAGUCAUAGCUGGAAAUACUAGUCACUUUACCUAGGAGGGGUCAAUUUUGAGGGAAAUUAAUUAAACUAACCAAGUUAUGGAUGAGUUGCAAGACAGGCAUAGCAAUUGAGACAGUGCUGCGAACCAAACUGCAUAGUGGUCACGUCUCCUCAGCGGUCCUACUCGGUAUGGCUGAACGGCGUAGUAGAAUACUUCCGCGUCCAAUAUAGGUUACUACGUGGCAGUGCUACUAUCCGUUUUAAUUAGCCUUUGCUCCACACACACUUCGGGUCCCACACGCCAACAGAGGAUACAUAUCAGGCAAGGACCGGUAAAGAGUUGAUUGUUGAUAUGAUUAUUUCAGACGGUCUAUGACCCAUUCCCACAGUCGACUAACUUACGGUUCUUCUCAUUCACUAUGGGGCAGACCCAAAUGCGUUAAGACGUCGAACUCCAUAGUAUUCGCCUUCUUGAGGGGACAAAAGUGAAAAAUGUUGUUGCAUGCUGCGGAAAUUCCCCAGUACUCCAUUUGCAACUUUGGAGCCCCAGACUUUAAAAAUAUAAAUCAUUGGCGCAUCUGUGGCUGUACGUGGACUCGGAUGCUGCUAUGCAUUAUCCCGAAAGAUCAGUUGGAGCCCUAGUAACGUGGAAUGACAAAUCCUUUUUGCCAGAAAAUUCGACUUUCUGCGAUAUGUCUUGGCACAAUGCACAAAAACAAACAACGUGUUUUACACUGCGCUUUCUAGGCUUCUGUCAGAACGGAAAUCAAACCUUAAAGUGGAAAGGGAACGAACCUGAGUAGUGCCAGCACGAGCCUAAUAGAUAAUUCGAGCGAAAUUUAAAAUUCACUUUCAAAGGGACACGUGAUGCAUUUGGAGCGUCGAACGAUUAAUAUGUAACUGGGAUAGAGUAACUUUCACAGAUGGCGGUUUGUCGCAGUCAACGUAGUUCGAGACUAAAAGAUCGGACCUCUUCAUCCUUCAUGCAAAUACUGACAACUCGCGAACAUAUGAUGAUCUGGUUUUAUAAAUUAGUUCCUUUGACACACAAUAGAAAAUUACGCAACAAUAAGGCACCCGGAGGGGACGGUAUACCCGCUGAAAUCUUCAAGCCUUAUGCCGACACUCUGACGCCCUGAACGAGCGUGGAGAGACGAGGUUGUUCCUAAUGACUGGGGCUUAUGCAUUCUUGUACUUAUCCUCAAGAAGGGAGAUAGGACGAGAUGCGAGAACUACCGGGACAUAAGACUCAUCGACGUUGCGGCGAAGAUUUUCGCUAUUUUCCUACUCAGGCGAUUCCAGGCUGUGCGUGACUCAAAGACGAGGCCCAACCCAGCCGGAUUUCGUGCUGGAAGUGGAUGCGCAGACCAGGUAUUCACCCUGAGGUGCAUUCCAGAGUUUGGCCAUAGCUACCAACAACCGACGGCCGUCUGCUUCGUUGACUUUGCCGCCGCGUUCGAUUCCGUCCAUCGUGAGUCCCUGUGGUGGAUAGUGGCGCUAGAUGGUGUACCGGCAAAAAUCAUCGCCAUGAUCAAGGCCUACUAUCGUUCCACUACUGCGAGAGUCCUGGUCCGUAACAAUCUUUCCCAACCGUUCGGUAUUCGGUCUGGCGUCCGACAGUGUUGUAUCCUGUCACCCAUACUGUUCAACUACGCUAUUUACUGGAUCCUCAGGAGGGCCCUCGCGACAGUGACGGCGUUGAAUUUGCACCCGGACAUCGACUGACUGAUCUCGACUAUGCCGAUGAUAUCGCCUUACUUGCUUCACGUUUUGGUGAUCUGCAGUCUAUGGUGUCGCGGGUGAACGAGGUCGCUAAACCAGUCGGUUUGUCCAUAAACGCUGGGAAGAUCAAAGUGUUUUUAAGCUGCAUCCCUGACCAGGAGAGGGCACCCCUGGGGAUUGAUGGCUGUCAACUUGCAGAAGUAGACAGUUUUAAAUACAUCGGGGCGAGGCUGCUGCCUAAUGGACAGAGUAAGGAAGACAUUGUCUCCCGAAUCGAUGCUGCCCGCUGGGUUUUCUCAAGCCUUCGGAAAUGCCUAUGGGUCCGACGCGACCACUCCAUCGCCACUAAGAUUCGCGUGUAUCGUGCAUCUGUCCGGUCCGUCCUUCUCUACGGCUGUGAAUGCUGGGCUUUGCGCGUGGAGGACGAGCGAAAACUGGAGGUAUUUGAUCACCACUGCUUGAAGACCAUCCUUCGAGUGAAGUUCAUCGGCUAAAAUGUUCGGGUGGCUUUAGGACAGGUGAUGCCUCGGGGACAAGAGGAAUCAGAGAUUUGGUAAAAAUAAAGAGGUCAGAUGUUCUGUCACCAAUCGAAAUUUUAUGACUGGGAUCCCUCUGAGGGACAUAGCUUAGGCCGGGAGUGCAUAGAUUGGCAAAGAGCCGCCAGACCGAACAAAGCCUGCAGAGGCACAACCACUCUCGUCGGGGUGAUGACUCAUAAAGCACGCAGCUCAAAGUCCCGCCUAACAUCCUCCAGAAGAAAAAACGUGACAAAAAGAACGGCGCUCCACUUCGAUAAAAGGCAUUUAGCGUUUUCAUAACGGUGAGUCAACAAAUAAAUCUGUUCCAGCGAGCCCUUCUUAUACCUCAAAAGAGGACAGGUGAGCUAAAGGCGCACAAAGUUGCAUGCCGCACUCUAAGAAAAAAUAUUUUACAACGAGCGAGAUGUGCAUAGAAUGGACCAAUAGAACGGGAGUUGAGACCGAUAGGCAUGCAAAAACGCCCGGCAGAAAGAUAUUCCGCGAAAUAUUCGACGGAAAAUUCCCACUCAAAUAGUGGUAGCUAGCAACGCCACGACAGUAUUUAUCGAAUGUAACAUAUAUCUAAGCUUUUACAAACUAGACCUCGGCAAAAAGUAGAUUUCAGUGAGCCAUAGAAAGGCGCCCGAAGCCAAUUCAGCAAGGGAAACAACAAACAAGUCUCCUAAGUCCCAAGUCGAAGCCAUAUUCACCUUCGGAGUCAAUUGGCCGCUUACAAAUAGGCCUCCGCCGCAAAUGACGAGCGGUUUAAAUCCUGACCCAUUGGGUGGGUAUGUAGGUGACUUUGUGUAAGAAAUACUUGCAGUGUGUUUGUUAUCAGUAGUUUGUCAUAUAAAGGUGCCCAAACGGCAUUAGUAGUGAUGGGUGAGGAAAGAGAUGACCGAGGUUGCCACGGUUCCCUUGUCUGCUAAUCGGAAUGAAAUCCCCUAAAAGAAACCUACAGCGACAGACCGACCAAAAAGGGAAGGCCGCUCAGAAGUAAGCCAGAGUCAGGUGAGAGAAGGUGGGGACAAGAAGACAUUUAGUAGAAUCAAAGCCCCACAAUAGUGAAGAUUGUAAGGGUGCUACAACGCAAAAUCAGUAGUUAUUCCAGCAUUCGCGUUAUUGACAAGUAGCAGUCGGUAAAGACGACAUCGGAUAAACAACAACAGACUUUUGGCAGUAUUUUCACCAUGGCUAUUAUGACCGAAAACCAGUUUACUGACAAAGUAAACGUCAGGUUCCUAAAACAACCGGCUAACAAUAUCACCGUAUCUACGGAGGGUGGGCACUCUCUAAAGGUCAUUACAGGAGAACCAAUGGGAGUUUGCAAUUCUAAUAAAAAACACGGUGGUAGAUACCGAUCUACUGCCCACGUAGUGUGCUGCUCAGUCACCGCCAGACUUACGGGACCUAAUGGUGACUUGGCCUCACACAUUCCAAGCUUUUUAUUUCUGUUUUCUUAUCUCUAACGACAGUCUAGUAAGAAACUGACAGCGCAAGCAAAUCAAUGCAUACUCCUAACGUUCAGCCGGCCCCUGGAACUCUGGUAAUUGUUCCAUUCUCGAAGUGGACAUUAAAGCAAUUAAGCUCAUCAAAAAACCCGAGGACCUCUGUAACGUUGGGUUUGUGUGUGUAGGAAGCAUCGCGUACGUGGGAAACGCAAACGGUGGGUUAGCCACGUCAGCCAUCGUGUCAACACCCAUCUCCAGUCACCCCAACCUUUACUUGCUGUCAAAAACUGUGUACUUAGCGCACAUGUCUCCAACAAGAUGGUGGUAACCCCCAACAGAGACUACGCAAACUAUUGGGAGGAAACAGUCCCCAUAACAUGAUGAAGACUUGAUUCAUCAUCAUCUUAAAUGCUGCUGAUCGGCCGAAUAAGCGACUUAUUACCUAGGUAACAGCACUGCUGCAUAGAGAAAAAUUGCCUACUUACUUCGUUUUCACAUAUUUGGUUCGUGGUAGUCCCCAAACGUCAAAGGACCUUGUGUUUCCCAGUCACCGGCCUCACCGAAGGUGUCGAAUCGUCCCAAUCAUUGAUAGUUGCAGGUCCAACCUCAAAGCAGUGUUUAAUGUUGCCAUCCCACUUACCAUACAAAACCUGACGGCGUAUCGGGGACGAAUUAUAGGGCAUUUUCUAAUCUCGAUAUACUCUGUUAGUAACGGCGUGACAUGACAGAGAAAAAGAGCGAUCAUACAUUCGGCUCGUAAGUUGGACGCACUUCUGGCCUCUGAUAAAAGUGUAUAACAGGCUCUAACGCUGAGGGCUGUUAUAUGCCCUCAGUUUGCAACUCCGAUUGGUUUGCACCCCAUAGGUCCCGGCAGCGUGUUUCAAGUACUCAAGGUAAAUAGCAGCUCAAAGAUCAUGCGAAUGGGUUUUCAGGUGGAGAGCAAAUUAGGAUAAGAAUAAGGGUGAGUGAUGGUAGUGUUUGUGCAAGAGAAGGAGGCGGAGGAUGAGGGGCAGAAAGAGGGAUUUUCAGGGAAAAUACGGCCACCCUAUCCUAUACUACCACGUCAGUCAUUCGUACACCCCUAAUACAGCCGAGAUUUUCAUGGCAUUUUAGUUUGUAUCACGGAUCUUAUGUUUCAUUAUCUGCUUAUCGUGAAUAUGGUGGACAAGUUGGCCGAUGUACCAAACAAGUUAUUCUGGUGAAAAUACAAGACAACAACGGGCAUCGCGAAAUAAAAAUGGUCAAACUUUCUUUGGUUUUUCUUUAAAUAAUAAAUCUCGGAAAUAAAAAACCGUAUAAAAACUCAUAAGGCACACCAAUAAUAUGCUGAUAAUUGGCACAGUAUGCAAAGAUGGUGCAUUGGAUAAGGAGCUGUGAAAGCGCAUGUCUAACGAAAUAGCUUGAUACUGAUAGUAGAGGCCAAAUAAUGAAAAUAGGUGGAAAAAGUUAUGGCUAUGCCCAAGUAGAUCAAACUUUCCGGGAUAAAAUCUCUCGGGGACCCUCGAAAGGUAAAACGCAAUCGCUGUACAACAUGAAAGCAUCUGAAGAGACCACAAAACAGAGGAUUCGCAGUAACCAUUUGGAUACUGCGUGGGGAUGUGGCACUUGUAAACCUUGAAUAAAACCGGCAAAGAAACCAACAUUCCUGGAACAGCAAAAGCGCCAAGGCGUAAAAUAUGACGGGAAAAAGAAGGUGGCAUUUUCCUCGUCCGUGUCGACUGAAAAACCCCCCACAUUGACAGAACACAUGACAACGUCAUAAAUAAGACAGUUGGUGAUGUAAUGGGAAGGCAACUUAACGAAUGGAACUCCAAGGGCAUUGCAAAUGCAACGUAGGCUAUAGCUGAUCCAUGUGAGAAGAUACCGAGGCCAAUGUAGUCAACUAUGAAGAAGGCAUCUUUGGAUAUGCUGGUUUGGCAACAAAAUGUAUGGGCGAAACUGCUGCCCGCGAGAAAACACAGCACAGAGAACAAAUAGACAGACAUUGCAAUAUUCGGUGUCCCGAAAAAGAUUUCUGAAAGAAAUAUGUACAAGAAUACGGGAAUCGGAAGGAUGUGUGUCCAGGCAUUGAAAGACUCGUUGUGAAGGUAGAAGAGGGACGACACGCACUGUAUCCAUGAUGACGGUGGGCGGUAACCAUAAAUAAUAAACGGUUCUAGACCCUCGGACGGUAUAUCGUUGGCUGACAAAAAUUUACAAUGGCCUUUGAACGGUCGGCGAAAGAGCACAUUCUUGAAUAGUCUAAUGAGGUCCGAGGACUCAAAGAAAACGGGAGAUGAAGGAGGAAAGUCAACGUGGUCUCGUAUAGCGUCAACCGAAUUUAAUGAACGCCUUAGUCGCCUCAUACGAUCUGUCACGAGAAACAAUCGUCUCCCUGCCAAGGCGAGAUAAAAAAUACAGAAAACAAGCAUGUUGCACUAAGGCAUAGUAUUUAAAGGGGAAUCCAGCCUUCGAUAUACUAAAACAAUUAAAUGACCUUAAAAUCACGUACAUCAAAAUGAAUGCUAAUUAGUUGGCGCUAUUAUGACUCGUAUGACUGGGGUUAUUUUUGCAUGAGCUCAGAGGCUCGUGACAUUAACGUCCGGGGCAUUGUGGAAACCCCAAUACAUAGAAUUCCAAGUUAUUUGUCUCGAGUUAUAUAGGGUUAAACUGGGCCACCUGCUGAAAUUUCAGUUGUUGGUCCCGACAUCCGGUUGCGGGCGGAUAAAGGCAAACAGUGAGCCAAACACGUGGAUUUCAUCAAGGGUCCAGUCCAAACAUGGGCAUCUCUCCCACCAGAAAAUAAAUUACAGAAAUGACUUAAUUUUGUGGAUGUUUUCACAGUUUUAUCUACAAAAGAAGCGCACCCACGCCGUUCAUGCUGCAGAAACUUGCACGGUUAUUAAUCAGUUAGGCCGAAAUGAAGGAUCAAUGAUCUUUGGGGUGAGGCGGACCUCGCUCUAUUCUAAUUUAUCUUAAUGCUCAUGAGGGAGACAUGCGAUAGCUGAGAUUAAAAACAUUUUGUAUUGGAACGCGGAUAGAGACAGUCGUUAGUGCGUAAGGAGCCGAGUGAGUAAAAAGUGUCGGAGGAGCGUCUAGUACAGUGUACAGCGGGGUAUGCGGCGAUGGAAGAGAAGGUUGCAUCAAAAUAAAAAGUACAUAAAUUAUUUAUCAGUAAACGAAAGUGUCAAAACCGGACCAAAGGGAAUGUUUGGAACUCUGAAGACUUUCUGUGCGAGACAACCGCCCACGUCACCGAUUUUCGGAAGUCAUUUGGAUCUGAUUUCAGAAACACCAAGUUAGUAUUGAACACUUAAAAGAGUUAUGAGGGAUUUGGGGAAGUAACACCAUGAAUUCGGGGAAAAUGGGAUGAAGAGGUUAAGGGAAGUAGGAGACGACGAGAUAGAAAUCGGGGAUGAAAGAGGACGCAAGCUCUAGUACAUGUGAAGUUCUGUUAUCAUGGACUGCAGUUCUAGGGACGCAAGGUAGUGACUUGCACACAAGAAAUAUUUUUCAUUCUGAUGGAUACAGUCAUCCUAUUACCUUUCUCGACCGGACCUCAGGCGCGGAUCUUACCUCUGAGUACCCAUGGCAUGAACGUCAGGGAAUCUACACUACGAGCGGGGUAUGCUUUUCAGACUUAUUUUCUGAUCGGAAUUUCUUCUUAAAACAACAGAUAUUUCGACGCAGUCUUCCAUUAAAACUUAUUGAGAGAGUCAAAUAUCGUAGUGCUCGGAAGGCAGCAAAAGUGUCUAAGAAGAAUGAUCGUUAUAGUUUUACAGGCAAGAUAAAUCACUCAAAUCAAACUGUUACCUGCUGCAAGUACCUCCCAUACGCGUACGUAUUAGACAGGUGUGCCCGCGCGAUAUAUUGGGUAUGGACCUUCAUCGUAGCGAUGCUGUCGCUGCGGGUUCGUUGAUGCGGGCAGAUGGACGGUGAAUAACUAUACACUGACGGACAUGCUCUCUCACAGAUAAACGACCAAAAGUUCAUACGCACGAAGUUGCGGAGGAGGCGAUAUCACCUGAGCCUGUGAGCACAGGCACAGUCACAACGUUAGCAAGUCAUACAUGCAGAACAAUGAUAAUCUCGUCAAAUAUACAAAGGACGCGAUGGGCACCUGUGUUUUGCAUCGUUUUGUCGCACAGCUCUCAUCAGAGGCCCCACCAAGUUGUGCCCAUCGCGGCACCCGCACCACGGCAACUGACGAGGUUGGCUGAUUAGGUACCUUCACAUCAUGUAGCAUCGGAAAAAACCUUAAAAGUAGAAAAUGGGGGGGGGAAUGCUCGGCUACCACAGGAUCGGAGGCUGCGAUAGUAAUAAUCUUCUGGUCCUGUGGACUUGCAUAGAGCACAAUAUUAUAUCCAACAUCUUCUCCCGUUUUUCGAUGCGUGCGAAGGAGACUGACAGGCCCCAAGAUGCGCUAUAAUAAACCUAUUCUUUACAUUCUAAGGAGAAGAGGAUGCAUCCACGCUGUCAUCAUUUACCUAUACGUGUUUCUGAAUGAAACGGUAUAUGGUGCCGACUUCUAGACGAGUAAAUUAUAUAUAAGUCGAUAUUUACAAAUAAGAUAUUCAACGCUUUAUUUAGAGAUAUCCAGAAAAAAGUGUCCCAUCUUUACGUAACAGCUGGGACACAUUACAAAAGUCAUUGAUAACCAGCAAAUACAUGGUAAAUAAAUGUAGGUUUAUCCGGGUUUCCUUUGAAAGUGUUACCGUUUCCCGUCAAUACAACCGAAUUUGGCAGCUUGUCCAAUUUUUCAAACACUCGGAGGACGAAAAAAUUUGGCACGCAGUCCAAGUUUGACCAGCUUGCUUCCAAUGUAAUUGGCUGCCUUGAUGCUGUGCCGCUCGAGUCAGGUUAAGAAUUUACUAAACUUAAAAACGCAGUCUAACUCUAGGGUGAUUCCCAAAGCAGGAGCAUAUUCUCUCUGAAGUGUCCGUAACGUCAAUAAAAAUUCCAAGUCAUAAAGCCGUCACUUUUAAUGUUGGCAUCUAAUCUUGCCGACUGGUUUGGUUGAUUCUCGUUUUACGCUCGCCAAAACAGCUUAAUCCUGUUUGAUCUCCGAACGUCACGCCUGAAGACAACGUUAAGAUUGACCGAGAAAAUGCUCCAAACAGUCGACCCAAAAUACUUUAUCAAAACUGAGCAGAAGUCUCCUGAUCGCCCCUAGGAUAUUCUAACUCGUCUUUGAUCCACUAACACAAGGAGCCUUCUCUACUCGGCAAGUGCGAGCGGUGAAAUUCAGAAGUCAUUGUCCUCGUGUUGACAGACCGUAGUCAAAUACUUCAAUAUCUGUUAUAAUAUUUAGAUAAGGGAUUAACUUGUCACACAGCUGUUCCAAGAAAUCCAAGUUAUUUUGUACUCGUAGCUUAUAUUCUGCCUUUUCCAUUGACUUCCGCAAGUUAAGUCCAUCGGCAAACAUUAGCUUCUCGCAGUUUGGGCAUUCAAAACAGUCGUUCACGGACACAUGUAUAUAAGAGAGGGAAGUACAACAAUCGUUUAACGGGCCAAACUCGUCCGGUCUAACUAGGGGAUUAAUCUCAAGCCCAGCCAGCAGCCGCUUAGUGGAUAGUAUUAAAGGCAGUAUAUAACCGUCGAAUAAUAAAAGUAAACUGAGACGGCUAUUUCCAACUAAUUAGUCGUCAUCUUCCUGUCAGGCUCAAUCCCAGGUUUUUUCGAGCCAAGAGACUCGAAAACAACUGGAAAACGGGCCUGUGGCUUGAUGGUUAAAACGUUGCAUUUGAAACAAGCAGAUAGUGGGUCCAAGCCCCAGGCAUUGCAAAACCCUGGGGUUUGUUAUGUUAAGUUCAGUUUAUUUGGGGAAAUACAGAUGCUGCACCUUUGUACUCUCUGUUUUUUUACAGUGAAGGGAAGUGUAUGAAAAAUUUGGUAAUGAAAACACCGGACGGUUGUGGAUGUGUUAUCCAAAACUGUGCAGAUAACUGAUGAUGAUGAUGAUGAUGAUGAUGAUGAUGAUGAUGAUGAUGAUGAUGAUGAUGAUGAUGAUGCUGAUGAUGAUUUUAUUUAA